AUGCCGGCCGUGGUGACGACGAAGAACGGCAAGGGCAACGCCAAGGACGACGCGAAGAAGAAGAAGACGCCGGAGGAGUGCGUCGUCUUCGAGAGCCUGAAGAAGCGCUACCACGGCUUCCACAAGGUCGGGAGCGGGUCCUACGGCGUCGUGUGCUCCGCGUUCGACCGCGAAUCGGAGACCAAGGUCGCGAUCAAGCGCGUGUCGCCCUGGGCCGACGACGAGUGGGACGCGCGCCACACGCUGCGGGAGCUGCGGCUCAUGUACCUCCUGCGGGGCCACCCGAACGUCGUGAGCCUCCACGACGCGGUGCUCCAGCCCGCGGGCAGCGACGACCUCUUCAUCGUCAUGGAGCUCAUGGACAGCGACCUGCACCGCGUCAUCUCGAGCAAGCAGGCGCUCACGGGCGAGCACGUGUCCUGCAUGAUGGCCCAGCUCCUCCUGGGCGUCCAGGCGCUCCACGCGGUGGGCGUGCUCCACCGCGACCUCAAGCCCGGCAACGUGCUCGUGUCGCGCGACUGCCAGGUGCGCAUCACGGACUUUGGCCUGAGCCGCUGCCGCGACGAGGCCGUGAAGAACCCGCUGACGGAGUACGUGGUCACGCGGUGGUACCGGUGCCCCGAGGUGCUCCUCGCGCCGCACCUCCCGUACGCGGCCGCGGUGGACUGCUGGUCCGUGGGCUGCAUCUUCGGGGAAUUGAUCGCGCGGAAGCCCUUAUUUCAGGGGAAGAACUUCGUGCACCAGGUGCAGGUGAUCCUCGAGCGCCUGGGCACGCCGGACCAGCGGUCGCUGGGGUUCACGCCGCGCGAGGACGCCGCGCGGUUCCUGGCCAAGCAGCCGCGCCACGCCUUCCCGGGCAUCGCGAAGCUCCUGCCGAGCGCGACGCCCAAGCAGCAGCACAUGAUGACCAAGUUCCUCCAGUUCAACCCGAAGAAGCGCUACACGGUCCAGGAGGCUUUGGCGGACCCCUACUUCGAC